AUGGCCACCGAUUCCGCCUUGAGAUUCGCUGUCUAUGUUGCGCCCCCCAUUCCUUGUGUCGACUUUAUGAGCGAGAACAAGGAAGGGAACACUUGGUCGCCGAUAUCUUGCACUUUGGUGUAUUCAGAUACGGAAGCGGUCCUUGUCGACACACCAAUUACAAUUAUUCAGACAAGGGAAUUGAUCGAGUGGAUCGAGAAGGUUGCGCCGAGCCGAAAAAUCUCGUACAUUUACAUCACCCAUGGCCACGCUGAUCACUUUUUGGGCCUGUCGCAGCUCAUUGAACGCUUUCCGGAGGCGGUUGCCGUGGCCACCAAGGCCACUAUUCAGCAUGUCGAGCAACAGCUGGCAGAGGAUUACUUCCCUAGAGUUUGGGAGUCUUUCUUUCCAGAUGGUCAAAUCUAUAAGCCCAUAACCAAGCCCCAGCCCCUACCAGACAGCAAUGAGUUCAGGUUGCAAGAGCGCUGGCUCUUCAAGGCUGUCGAGGUUGGACACUCUGACACGUACGACUCCACCGUCCUUUGGGUGCCGGACCUCAGACUCGCAGUCUGCGGUGAUGUUAUUUACGGCGAGGUCCAUCAGAUGCUGCUUGAAGCAAACACGAAAUCCAAGCGGGAAGAGUGGAUUAACGCAGUGGAGCGCGUCCAGGCCUUGGACCCUGUCUAUGUUGUCCCCGGUCACAAGAAAGCGGAGGAACCGGACGCGGUGUGGCAUCUUGCAAAUACCAAGAAGUACCUCCUCGAUUGGGGCAACCUGCUCAGAAAGUCUCCCAAGGACCCACAAGAGCUGUACGCGGAAAUGGUGAAGCUGUAUCCGCACAGGUUCAACAGAAUGCCCGUGCUUUGGAGCGCUGGAGGGGCAUUUCAGGUCCCUGAACAGGCCAGGAUCUAG